UUCGUCUUCUAAACAGUCCACCUUGAAAGGCCCCUCCGUGCACAACAGUUAUAUUCUCUUAAAUACACCUUCACUUUCACCUUCACAAACCAUAUUACCCAGCCUGUGGUGCUCAAAACCGUACAAAUGGCGUCAGCACCUGCAGUAAAGGUGCCUGUUUACUCUGGCAAUGACCUCAAGUCAACCACCGACGACUCCCUGGCGCCGUACUUGACCACUCUCCCCCAGCCGUACACCUUCACCCAAGACCAUUCGAAAACGAACGUCCGAUUCGCACUGGGCUACACCGCCGUCUCGAUCGCCGCAUUUACCUUCUACGCCGAUCGCAAGCUAGGAUGGGAGGCGACAACAUCGCCCUGGAUCCUGGCCGCCGUCUCCUCAUACUUCAUCCUAAACACCAUCCUCACAUAUUGGGUCUGGGGCGUGGAAUCCGGCGAGAUCUUCCGAGGGAAACGACAGUCUGGUGAAACGAUCUCCAUCCGCUCCUCCAACAAGAAAUUCUCCCCCCUCUACAAACUCCAUAUCCAGUACACGUCGCCCUCCAACAAGGUUCUCCAGGAGAAGGAGAUCGAGACCCCUUUCACUACUUGGUUCGCCGCCGACGGCACGUUCCAUCCUAAGCCGCUCCAGCAGUGGAUCUCGAGUGAGAUCGAGGUUCUAAAGCUGGCGGCGAAAGAGCUGGAGAAGAAGAGGGCUGCGCGUGCCGCUGCGUGAAGUGUCUACUUUCUUCUCGUGGUGCUCUUGCUGUCCUGGCUGUCCUCGGACUCUUGGAUCGAUGCAAAAGUGGACUUGUUUCGGUGCAAUUUCAUCCUAUAUUUGUUAUUUCCUAUAAGCAUUUGAGCUCCGGGUCGGGCGAAGCAAAUAUUAUGAAUUCAAAAAUAUUAUUGUUUCUUGCAAAUAAGCAUAU